UAUAGUCCCAGAGAAGCAGCGAAAACUAUUGUGCGACUCGUGAACAGCCGAAAUCUGAAUGAAGCCUUACUGGCUCUUACGCUUCUGGAUAACUGUGUAAAGAACUGCGGUUAUCCUUUUCACCUCCAAAUUGCAACAAAAGAAUUUCUCAACGAACUUGUUCGCAAAUUUCCUGAACGUCCAGCUCCAUUUCCAAAUCAAAUUGUGCAACGUAUUCUAUAUCUGAUAAAAGAGUGGAAAGUUGCAUUAACGGAUAUGUCGCGUCACAAGGACGAUCUUGUUCACAUCAAGGAUAUGUAUCGAUUGCUACGAUUUAAAGGAUAUCGAUUUCCGGAAUUGCGCGACUCCUCAGUAGCAGCCUUGGCUCCAUCUGAGUCUUUAAAAUCUGCAGAAGAACUCGAAGAGGAAGACAGACUAGCACAGUCGGCAAAAUUGCAAGAGUUGAUUCGACGAGGCAGACCACAGGAUCUUGUAGAGGCUAAUCAUUUAAUGAAAAUAAUGUCUGGCUACGACCAACGAUCAAAGCCAAAUUACAAGCAAAAAUUCGAAGAGGAGCUGCACAAAAUCCAAGACAAAACAAUUUUGUUUUAUGAAAUGCUGGAAAAUAUAAAGGCUGGAGAAAAGUUGAAACAGAACGACACGAUCAUGGAACUGAAAAAUGCGUGCUCGGGCGCUCAACCCAAACUACAAAAGAUGAUCACGGAAAAAUUGCUGACAUUAAACGAUAUGAUCAAUAACGCCAUGGCCAAAUUUGCCGAUAUACAAAAGGGAUUGUUUAAUACGUCGUAUGAAAUCAGUGGCAAACCGCCAACACAGACCAACGCGUCUGAAGCUCCGACACAAGCCAUUAGUCUGAUCGAUUUAGACGAUAUGCCAUCCACGCAAUCCUCCGGCCCUGUCACUCCCGCUCAAUCAUCUUCCACCAGCGUGCUUGACGAACUCAGCGAUCUCUUUGGGCAAAGCGCAGCCAUCACAACAACAGCGACGUCUUUGGGUUCACCCGCGGCUCAACAAACGGCUUCGCCUGUGGCUCCUUUGGACUUUUUGUCUCAGCCGGUGCCAGCGACAUCCACUACUCGUUCCGCAAGUUCUGCACCAGCGGCUGCUUCACCUGUAUUCUCAAACACCAUGUUAUCGGCAGGAUUGAAUACCACGUUAUCACUCUCAAAUCCUGGCACUCCUAGUACCUUCUCAUUGAAUUCUACUGGGAGUGCGCAGUCGGUUGCACACGACACAAGUAACAUGGUGUUAGUUAUUUUGGUCAACAAAAAUGGAUUACAUAUCGAACUGGAAGUGCAGCAGCGCGAUACUAUUUGGACAUUGAAGGCAUUGUUCUCCAACCGAUCCACUGCACCGAUGGAGAACUUGACUUUACGUUUGGCUGCCCCCAAGUCUAUGCAGCUGAAGAUGGAAUCCCAAUCCUCCCAAACCAUACCUUCUAAGACGGAGAAAACCGUGACGCAAAUCAUCAAACUCAACAAUCCAAACAAAGAACCUUUAAGAUUGAGAUACAAGGUCACCUACGAGCAAUUCGGUGUGGAAAUGGAGCAAUCAGGAGACUAUCAUGCCUAG